UUAAGCUAUGACAACAAAACUGGAGAUAAAAAGAUCCUUAAUUUAAGUUUCAAGUAUAGCAAUGAAGGUAGAGCAAGUUCUCCACAUGAAGGGAGGAGUAGGAAAAGACAGCUAUGGAAACAAUUCAUCUCAUCCAAGGAGUGUGAUAUCAAUGGUGAAGCCAAUACUUGGAGAAAGCAUAAUAGAGGUUUAUAGUGCAAUGUCAUCAUUCGAGUGCUUGAAGAUUGCAGAUUUAGGUUGCUCUGCCGGACCCAAUGCUCUUUUAGUGGUAUCCGAAAUCAUCGACAUCGUCGAUGAAAUAUGCCGAAGAUUAAAGCGUCCCCGGCCAUGUUUACAAGCAUUCUUGAAUGAUCUUCCUGGAAAUGAUUUUAAUGCAGUUUUUACCUACUCAUUACCAAGUUUCUACGAGCGUCUUGAACGAGAAAAAGGCACCAAGUUCCGCAAUAAUUGUUUUGUUGCAGGAGUUCCUGGAUCUUUCUAUGGCAGACUAUUUCCUCCUAAUAGCUUGCACUUUGUUCAAUCUUCUUAUGCCAUCAUGUGGAUCUCCAAGGCACCGAAAGAGUUGGUUAGUAAAACAGGAUCAUCAUUGAACAAGGGGAACAUUUGCGUAGCAAAAACAAGCCCUACGGCUGUGUUAGAAGCAUACUUGGAGCAACUCAAAAGAGAUUUUGAACUGUUCCUGAGGUGUCGAGCAGAAGAGAUUGUCUCCAGAGGUUGCAUGAUCCUAACAACAAUGGGCAGCAUCAACAGCAAUGAUCCCCUCACCAUCUGGGAAUUUGUUGGAUUGAAACUAAAUGAAAUGGUCGCUGAGGGUUUGAUCGAGGAUGAAAAAUUGGUAUCAUUCGAUUUGCCAUAUUAUGCAGCGAGUGUAAAAGAAGUGAAAAACGUGAUAGAAGCCGAAGGGUCUUUCAAGUUGCAAAAACUGGAGUCUUUCAGCAUAGAUAGGGACGAUUACAUAAAGAAAGCCGACAACGACCACGUGGUCGACAAGACAGCAAGAUCAGCAAUAAUUGCUAGAGAUAUUAGAGCGGUAGGUGAACCCAUUCUAGCCAGUCACUUUGGGCAAGACAUCAUGGACGAUCUGUUCUGCAGGUUUGAAGAUGGUGUGCUUGACUACAUGGAAGCCCAUAAAUGUCAGUAUAUUAAUAUAGUUAUGUCCUUGACAAAGAAGGAUGUAUAAUAUAUAAAAGGUUAA